UUCGAUUAAUUAGAAUAAUUGAUGACUAAUAUAAUCAUUUGUUGCAGUUCUGAUGUUUGAUACUGAUAAAUAUCGCUUAUCUUUAAUAUGGACAAUAUUUAUAUCAACUAUCAACAUCGGCCCAAAUAUUCAUGUUGGUGUCUUCCUAAUGUUCUAUCAUAAAGUUAUAAAACUGGAUAAAAUGACAAUAUUCCAUGAUUAAAGACGUAAAGUUUAUAUUAUGUUUCCAACAUAAACAUAAAGCUUAUGUUAUGUUGGAAACAUAAACAGACAAACUUUAAAAUUCUUUGACAUUUUAAAGUAAGAUUUUAAUGAAAAACUUCCAGUGUUAUAAAAUGAGACAUUUGAGCGGCGGCAGAGUCGUCGGUCCUGCGGAGCGUUUUUACUUUUAUCGGAGGAUUUAUUUAAACCAGAAGAGGAAAUGUUUUCCUGGCAGCAGCCCGUCUCUGAUUUCAGGCCGACUCCACUUCCAGUUUCUGUUUCAUUAAAUGUUUUACCUAAUGUUGGUGUGCACAUCUGUCUGUCAUUUUCUAUGUUUUGUUCCGCCAUCACAGGACAGGAAAACGUCCAGCUCACAUAAAUACAGUGAAUGUUAGGAAAUCUGCACCACCGUCAAAAUGCCAGACUUGAGCAAAAUGUCGGAUUCAGACUCGGACAGCGAUUGGGGUUUCCACCGCAACAGGAAGUUUCUGAAAUCUCACGGGGACAUCAAAAUAAACCUUUCAGAGAGAGUGUUCAGCCAGUGGGGCUCCAUCCCCCUACAGACCAAGAAGGAAGGCACUCAGCGGAUGAGAGUUUGCGUCUUCUGGUUUCCCACGCUGCUGCAGCCAGACAUCUCCAAGACCUUCACUUGGGCCGCAGAAGUUGGCUUAAUCAACGAAGAGACAAGUGAAAUGCUGGAUGUGGAGAACCUCCGCAGGAUUCAGGUGGUUGAAAUGAUUCUGCUGCACCUGGAAGUGGCAAGUUUGGACAGGGAUUCCUCCAGACACGUUUUCAUUUUUUGCAACAUGUUGCAUCAGCACUGCUCUCCAGAGAUCCUGGAGGAAGCGGUGCGCUGGCUGGAGACGCUGGGCGAUGGGUUCAGACGGGAGCAGCUGCUCUGCCUGGGAGGAUUCCCCAACUGCUACACAACAUUCGGCUUCAUCUUCUCAGAGUAUGCCAAGUUUAUGCGGGAGAUGAGCAACAACCUGGACGCUACGAUGAGGGCCCUGAAGGCACCGCCUGAUGAGUCGUCUGCAAUGGAAAGUGAAGCGAUGAAGAUCCUUGGGAACGAGAAGUUUCAGGCCCAGCAGUACGCAGAAGCUCUGAAGUUUUACACCAACGCCAUCAAAUGCUAUCCUGAUAAUCACAUCCUGUAUGGGAACAGAGCGCUGUGCUACAUCAAGCAGAAGGAAUAUCUAAAAGCAGCAGGAGAUGGAAAACGUGCCGUUCUGAUCGACCCGCUCUGGGCGAAGGGCCACUAUCGGUACUGCGAGGCGCUGUUCUGUCUUGGGGCCAUGGACCUGGCGUUGGAGGCCAACAGCACCGCCCGGUGGCUGUGCAGAGAAAACCCGGAGGGACUCAGAGAUCUGGACCAGCAGUUCCUGAAGUUCAGGCCGGAGCCGCCGCCUGGUACCGAUCCAACUCCUUUCUAUCAGCUGGGAGCUGAGCUGCCGCAGAGGCCUCACAGCUUUAAGGUUGGGCUGGUGAAGAAAAUCCCUCAGCCGACAAAAACAGGCGGUAAAAACAAUCUGACCAGGAGUUUAGCUGCGAAGGUGAGUGAGUCACGUUUGUUUUGCUUUUACAGCCUCAGGUUUCAUUUUAGGUUUUAGCUGUAAACUCAUGUUUUCCUUCAGUUUUUAAAUGUUUUUUUUAGCAAUAUUUCUCAUUUUCUCAAUCAAUUCCUGCUUUUUUCUGUUUUUAUUUUUUAAUUUCUGUAUUUUUAUUGCCCGAUAAUUGAAGUAAGCAGCAGGUUUUUCUUCCAACAUCUUGGAGUAAAACUGAGAAAUGAGUU